CAGUGACAGACACCCCAACUUGAAAAGUUGUGACGAAAUUCAAAAUAUUUUAUUUUUAUCAGUGAGUAUGAGUAAAUAGUGCUGAAUCUGUGCAUUAUCAAUAUCACAGUACCGGGCUCUGAAGUGCUCUGUUAAACAUAUAUUUUUUCUGAUUUUCUUUUUUCAGUGUUUGGAAAAAAAUGUUGACGCGUGCAGCAGUUAGAGCUUUUUCCUCGGAAGCUCUGAGUGUUGUCAACAAUGUUGCUAAGCAACAAUUUACUAUAACAAUCCGUGAUGUCGAUGCACAGUUGAGCUACGACAGAAGUGGUCAAAACAUAACAUUCAUACACACAAAUGUGCCACAAGAAUUUCAAGGUAAAGGUGUUGGGAAAGUAUUAGCCAAGUAUGCAUUUAACUAUGCACUUGAAAACAAACUAGAUGUUACAUGCAAAUGCCACUUCCUAGCAAAGUACUAUGAGGAUAACAUAAACAAAUACAAAGAUAUUAAGAUCAAGUUGGACUUAGAAUAAUCAAAAUGGAUUUAUUGUGGUUUAGAUGUAAUGUUCAUUAUUAUUUAAGAGAAAAAUAUUACAAUAAAGUCAAGAAUCUUGCAUUACAAGCAUGUUCUCAUUUUCAUGACACAGCUGAAUUUGAUUUCUACAAUGGGUUGGCUAGUAUACUACAAGGGCAAGUGCAGAAGGGCAUCAAUGAACUCACUCCAUUGCAAUCAGAUAAAGACGUACAAUUAGCUGUAGUUAUGGCACUGAUAUAUGGAUAUAAAACUACUAAUGUAUCAGAUAGAGAUGUGCUACAUAAUCUUGAAACCAAGUUAAAGGAGGAAAAGAAACAAGCAACAACUAUGUCAUUCUACUAUGCUGGUUUAUUUCUGUCACUAGCUGAUAAAUAUGAAAGAGCUUCAGAAUAUAUAAAUAAAGCUUUGAGAAAAGAUUCUAACAAUUUAGAAGCUCUAAUUUUGAAAGGUUGGAAUGAUAUGUAUAUGAAUUUAGGUAACAUCCAAAUGUCGAUUUUGGAUUGCCUAGAACUAGUUUUAAAUAAAAGUGACAGAAAUAUUGAAGCUCUACUUGGAUUGGCCAGAUUCAAAUACUUUAAUAAAGAUUUUGAAGCAUCUAAUAUGACUUUGGAUAAACUUAUAGUGAACAAUCCUGGACAGGUUGUACCUCUUGUUGAGAAAAUGAAAAAUGAAUUUGCAUUGCAAAAAUGGGAAGCUGUUUAUGAUACAAUGGAGAGAAUAUCUGCUAUAGAACCUGAGAAUAUAGAAGCACAUAAAAUUAAAAUAUUUCUCACUCUCUGCAAAAACUCUGAUUACAUAGAAGCAGCUGAUCAACUCAAUAAGCUCUUUUCCAUUCUUGAAAAUGAAGAAACUCAUAAUGGUUACCAAUUCUAUACAGUUACACAAAUAUUUUCGAGAAUUUGUGGCAGAUCUAGUGCAGUACUAUCACAAGUUUAUAGAUGUGCACAAUAUGCAUCUGAAAUGUAUUCUAAUAAUGUGGAAUAUUUAAGUGAAGUUGGAUAUCAGUGCAUUCUGCAAGGAAAAUACAAAGAUUCAUUGAACUUUUUCAAAGCAGCAAGUAAGAUCGACAGCAAUUCAAUCACGGCCUUAUGUGGAUUGACACUUUGUCAAAUGUUUGAAAAUGGGCCAACAGAUCAAAUAGCACAGCAAGUGGAAUUGUUAUUUGAAAUGCAAGGGAACAAUAAGUUACCUAUUUUGUAUCUACUGUCUGCCCAGCUGAAUGUAAAAAAUUCAGCUCAUGCUAUUUCAUUUCUUAAUACUGCGUUUGAAGCAAGACUGGCCUAUGCCAAUCUAUACCCUUACAGCUUGAAUUAUAUCAAAGAAUUAGAUCCGGAUUUUCUUUUAGAUGUCUUUAAAGAAUACAGAAAACAUUUACCAAAGAAGCCUUAUAUAAUUUUUGGGUACAUAUUAUACUUCCAAGAAGGAAAUAAUUCUGCCGUCACCAAUUGCUUCAAAUUACUGAACACCAUAUGUGAAGCAUGCCCAGGAUUAAUAGCUGGUUUAUAUGAGUUAGCUAAACUAAAAUUCUUGUUUGGCUAUGCAGUUGAUGCACAGAAGUUAGCUGAGAAAAUUAAUGAAAUCGACGGUACUCAUGCUGGCUCUCAAAUUUUGCUAGCUCAAAUUUAUAUUCAACAGCAAUCAUUCACAAAAGCUGCCCAGUGCUUAGAAAUGUGUUUAAGCUAUAAUUUUAAAGUAAGAGACAGUGCUAUGUAUCACUUUCUCAAUGGAGUUAUUUUAAAAAGUGUGAAUCAAAUUCAAGAAGCUCUCUCUAGUUUUACCACCAGUUUGCAGAUAGCGACAAGUAAAACAUCAAAUAAUUCAAGCCGGCUUUACGAUUCAGAUUUAAAUAUUAUUGACAAAGCUACAUUAUUUUUGCAAAUAAUUGAGAUAAACACUGUAUUGGGACAGUUUGCUGAAGCUGGAAAAGUCAUGCAGGAAGCCAUACAAGAACUUUCUUUCACCUCAGAGGAAAGUCGUUUAUCAAUAGCCAAAGCUGAUUUAGCUCUAAAGAAAGGCGAUGUAGACAGUGCUAUCGAUGUUCUUAAUGAAAUAAAGCCUGGACAACCCUACUUCUUCCAAGCGCACAGUAAAAUGGCGCACAUUUAUUUGAAGGAGAAGAAUGACCGUGCCAUGUUCACAGCAUGCUUCAAAGAGAUCGUCAACAGUCAUCCUAUGGCUGACGCACACACUAUGAUGGGGGAUGCCUACAUGUCUAUUCAUGAGCCAGUCCAAGCGGUGGAAUCUUACGAAGCAGCUUUAAAGGGCAACCCCAAAGACAUACAAUUGAUUAAAAAGCUCGGCAACGCCUUGGUCAAGAUGCAUGAGUACGACAGAGCGACCCAACAUUAUGAAAACGCCGUUAAACAGUUGAAAGAUGACGAUAUCAUGUUCGAAUACCUCGAGCUGCUCAUUAAACUAAAACAUUACGAUAAGGUAGAUUCCACAAUAUCAUAUGAAUUGAACCAGUUGUACAAUAAAGAAAAGGACAUUAAUUCACUCAAGAGGCGUGUACGUUACCUUCUGAUACAAGCAAAAUGUAGGGAAAUGAAAAACCCUACAGCUGGCAAUACUAACUUAAUCUUGGCUGAAGCUAGAGACAUACAGACGGCGAUAGUUAAAAGAAUAGAAAUAGAUGCAAGAGGAGAUUUGCAGGAAGAGAAGCAGAAAUUGUCAACGGUGCUUUGUGCAUUGGCUAAAGUAAAAUCGUUCAGAGAACCAGCCGUAGCAACGAAUCUGUAUUCGGAAGCGUUGAUCCAUUUGCCAAAAGAUCCUUCGACAUUACUGGCGCUGGCUAAAUUAUAUGCACACAUAAAUUAUUCGGAGAAAUGCGAGCAGACUUGCGCAGUACUGUUAAACGCUGACCCCAACAACGAGUCAGCGGCGGUCAUGAUGGCUGAUUUGGCGUUCCGCAAGGUGGAUCUUGAAACAGCUCAGCGACACUUGACUCAAAUAUUAUCCGUGAAACCGACGAGCUGGGAAGCGCUCGCGCAAUUGAUAGAAGUACAAUGGAGACGGGGGAAACUGUUGGAAACGGAACAACCAUUGGAGACGGCAAAACUGGCGUUAGAAGACCAAGAAGAUCCAGGAUACUAUUACUGUGUGGGACUGAGUUCCCUGUACAGCGGCAAAGCUAAUGCCGCAUUGAGGCAGUUGAAUCACGCGCGACGUUCACCGAGCUUCGGACAGAGUGCGGCGAGGAAAAUGGUCCUUCUAUGCCUGUCGCACCACGCCCCUGACAGUUUGGCUGAAACCUUCGCAAAUGCUAACGAGGAGUCUGACACGCGUAUGUUAGCGCUAAGGACGGCAGAGAAACUCCUAGUAGAAGUGACUCCAGCUGAAAGGAAAUCUCUUCAAGCGUUACUCCAACUCGCUACCAAACUGAAGCAGCAGGCAGAACGAGUGCUGCAAGACUUGCUGCCUCUAGCGACAGAAGAGACUUACCAGGACGACCCCUACCUGAUACUUGCUAUAGCUAACGCGUAUAACAUUAUCAAACAACCAACCCGGGCGAAAAAUGUUUUGAAACGUACUAUUUCGUCGAUACCUUGGUCGCCAGAAAACGCUGAAGGUUUGGAACGAUGCUGGCUGGAAGUCGCUGAAAGUCAAGUAAGUUCAGGUAGAACGGAAGCGGCGAGAGAACUGUUGGCGAAAAUACUCCAUCACAAUAACUCUUGUGCUGCAGCCUAUCAAUACUUGGGCUACUUAUCAGAAAAGGAACAAAACUACAAAAGUGCCGCGCAAAACUACGACAGCGCUUGGCAGCACGGUGGCAAGACGGAUCUCGCCGUUGGCUACAAACUCGCACAUUCCUACCUGAAGCUCAAGAAGUACCCAGAAUGUAUAGUAGUCUCCAGGCAUAUUUUGAAAGUCCAUCCGGACUAUCCGAAGAUCAAGAAGGAGAUCUUAGAAAAGGCUAAAACCAAUUUGAGGACUUAAUUUUGUAUUGUGAAAAUUUUGGAUCAAGUUUUCGGCACAUUUAUGUGGUGUGAAUAUUAUGCAGUAAUGUAUCUCAAAAAUCAAUGAAACAGACAUUAUCCCGAAAUACAUUGAAGUUACAUCAUCUUUUUUAUAUAAAGCUGAUAACAAAUAGAAAUAAAUAUACGAUUGUUCCUGUUCAAAGUAUUCUGAAGAAACUGAAACGGAUCGCCAUUGAAACGCAGAUAAAGUAUCCUAUUGAAACACAAAGUGUGACAAAAUUAUGUCCUCUGUGAGGAUAGUUAAAGUGAGCUUGACUUUCAAUAACAAAACAACAUGCAAUAAAAACAAUUAAUGGAAAAUUUUACAGGAAGUCACAAAUAUUGCCCUUAGCUAGAUUAUAUUAAGCCACUUAAGCUUUAACACCAAUGUCUUGUUUUCACACUUUUCAAAUGAACUGUACAUAAUCUAUGGCCUGAAAAAAGUGUAUUUUCAUUUUGCUUAUAUAUCUUAUAUUUAAGAAAUAAAUGAAUUAAUUUCUUUCGAAUAAAAUAAUUGUGAUAACAAUAAAACGAUAAAUUGCAACAUG